AUGUCGUCCUCAUUCCCUUCUGUCGCGAGGCAGGCCCUCCACCAGUCACAAAGACGACUCUCGACCUCCUACCGUCCUCGCCUUCUCUCGUCCCGCAUUGCCGCCACUCGAUCAUAUGUCUCCGAAAGCUCAUCGCGAAACGCCACUAUCAAUGUCGAAUCCACCAUCAAGGCCGACCAGAAGGCUUUUCUGGCUGAGACUGGACUCAAGCCCAAGGAUGCCACCAUGCCCGCCACUGGCAUGAGCGCCGAAGCCAUGAUGAGCCCUGCCGCCGGCAUUCUCAAGCAAGCAACCAUCAUGGAUCAAGGAACUCGACCCAUCUACCUCGAUGCUCAAGCCACCACUCCCACCGAUCCCAGAGUCUUGGAUGCCAUGCUCCCCUACUUCACCGGUCUCUACGGCAACCCCCAUUCACGAACUCACGCCUAUGGUUGGGAAACAGACAAGGCUGUUGAGCAAGCCAGAGCAAACAUUGCUGAACUCAUCGGCGCUGACCCCAAGGAGAUCAUCUUCACAUCCGGAGCCACCGAGAGCAACAACAUGAGCAUCAAGGGUGUCGCUCGUUUCUUCAAGCGCGGUGGCAAGAAGAACCACAUCAUUACCUGCCAGACCGAGCACAAGUGUGUCCUUGACAGCUGCCGCCACUUGCAAGACGAAGGUUUCGAAAUUACAUACUUGCCUGUCCAGUCAGAUGGCAGAAUCGACAUGAAGGAGCUGGAAGCCGCCAUGCGCCCCGAGACCAUGCUUGUCUCAAUCAUGGCUGUGAACAACGAGAUUGGUGUCGUUCAGCCCUUGGAGGAAAUUGGCAAGCUGUGUAGAUCCAAGAAGAUCUUCUUCCACACCGACGGCGCUCAGGCUGUGGGCAAGAUCCCUCUCGAUGUCAACAAGCUCAACGUUGAUCUCAUGUCCAUCUCCAGUCACAAGCUUUAUGGUCCCAAGGGUAUUGGUGCUUGCUACGUCCGCAGAAGACCCCGUGUCAGACUCGACCCUAUCAUCAGCGGUGGUGGUCAAGAGAGAGGUUUGAGAAGUGGAACUCUCGCUCCUCCUCUUGUCAUUGGUUUUGGUGAAGCUGCGAGAAUUGCAAAGGAAGAGAUGCCGUACGACACUAAGCGCAUCUCCGCUUUGUCCGCAAGGCUGAGAGAUGGUCUUCUUGCUAUGGAACACACAACUCUCAACGGAUCCCCCGAACAUUUCUACCCUGGCUGCGUCAACGUCUCUUUCGCCUACGUUGAAGGUGAAUCCCUCCUCAUGGCUCUCAAGGAUAUCGCUCUGUCUUCCGGUUCUGCCUGCACAUCCGCUUCCCUCGAGCCCUCGUACGUUCUCCGUGCUCUCGGCAGCAGUGACGAGAGCGCUCACAGCAGUAUCCGUUUCGGUAUUGGCCGCUUCACCACCGAUGCUGAGAUUGAUUACGUUCUCAAGGCCGUGCAAGAACGUGUUGCUUUCUUGCGUGAGCUGAGUCCUCUGUGGGAGCUUGUCCAGGAGGGUAUCGAUCUCAACACUAUCGAGUGGAGCGGUCACUAA